AUGAGGAUUGUUGUGCUUAUUCUAACGUUGGUUUCAACGUCGACAACACAAAAUCACCCCGAUCCUUUAAUCCUUGAAAAGCUUGAAGAGGAAGGCCUAAACGUUACUGAACUCAUUGAGAUUCGGGAACAGCUGGAUGAAGUGAAGGAUCAAGCAGAGGCUGAGAUAAUUCUUACUCCAGAACAAGAGGCUGAACUGCAGGAAAAGCUGAAGGAUGUAGAUAACAUUACACAGGAUAAAACAGAAGACGGUGGUGAAGCAAUUGAAGAUGCAAAUGAUGAGACUGGCGUUUCGCAGAUACUGUACCAAGGAGACAUAGUCCUAACGAAACCUCAAGCCGCCGAAAUUGUUGAAGAAAUUAAACAUAGUGGUACGGAAGGCACGGAGGAUACGCAAGAUGUACGCAAGAAACGUCAAGCGUAUCGUGAUAAAUGGUAUCCGAUUACGGUAUGGUCAAAAGGUGUCAACUACUACUUUCAGCCAAGCGCAACUCAUGGAACACGAAGUAUAUUCCUGAAAGCAAUGGAAUUGUGGAGGAGUCAAACAUGUAUAGAAUUUUACGAGAAUCCCUACGCUGAGGAUAGGAUUGGCGUGUUUAAGGGAGCGGGAUGUUGGUCCCAUAUUGGUAGGACCGGCACUGAGCAAAGCCUGUCCUUAGGGGAACGGUGCGAAAAUCUGAGAAAUGCUGCCCACGAAAUUGGUCAUUCGCUUGGUCUUUUCCAUACACAGUCCAGACAUGAUCGUGAUAGUUACAUUACAUUCAACGCACAUAAUGUCCAGCAUGGAUGGGUUAGCGAAUAUAACAAAGAAACCGAAGAAACGAAUUAUAACUAUGGAUUAGCAUAUGAUUACGGAAGUAUUAUGCACUAUGGAGCGCAUAGCUCGUCACGAAAUACACUUCCCACAAUGAUCCCGCGAGACACCAAAUAUUUGGAGACCCUUGGUUCAGCGAUUAUUUCUUUCAAUGAUCUUUAUAUGAUUAACAAACACUACAACUGCACAGCGAAAUGCGACCCGUCAAAGUCCGCUAAAUGCAAGAGGGGAGGAUACCCGCAUCCUCGAAACUGUGCAAAAUGCAUCUGCCCUGGUGGAUAUGGAGGCGACCUAUGCGACAAAAGGCCAGACGACGGAUGUGGCAAAGUCCUUCAGGCAACCACUUCCUACCAGUACUUCCAGGCCGAGGUUGGAGAUCGUCAAGCGGGAAGGAAAGCAAGAGUAGAUUUUACCACGUGCACAUAUUGGAUCAAGGCAUCAAAAGGAUCCAGAGUCGAGGUGAAUAUCAAAGAAUUGGAUGUAGGACAUGUAGGGGAUGGGUGCCAAUUUGGAGGAGUUGAAAUAAAGAGUCAACAAGAUCAACGUCUUACAGGAUACCGAUACUGCGCUCCCAAAGAUAACAGAGUCACAUUGGUUUCCACCCAUAACAUCGUACCAGUUAUAAUCUUCAACAGGUUCUACGUAACUAAAGUCACAAUACAGUAUCGAGAAAUUCCUGGUGGUCAAGUUAAUCCUACAACUCGUCGACCAAAACCCCCAACUACGACAGUUCGACCGAAACCAUCUGAAUGCGUUGACUCAGAGAGAUGCAAACUGCUUAUGCAACUAAGAGAUUUCUGCCGACGACCAACCAUUUCGACUCCGUUCAAGAGAGCACAUUGCGGGAAGUCAUGUAAUCUCUGCUAA